CCGACUGUCCGCGGUGCUGAACGGCUCGCGGCGGGCGUAUGGUGCGCCGCGACCGACUUGAGGCGGAGCAGGCUCACGGCUUAUGUGUUUGUCACUUUCUUUUUCAUUUUAACCCACACCAUCAUCUUUUCCUGACCCUAACCAAGUGGUUUUUGUGCCUAAACCUAACCAGACCUUAACCACAAGACAUCAUGAUGAUUUCGGAACGAACUUCGGAUCAAUGAGUUUAAUAUGGUCGGAACAAUGGGCUGUCGAACCAAUGGGCAGUUCCCAUCGGAAGCGAACUUCAGUGCCGUGUGAUGUGCCCACAGCGAACACGGUCGUCGUUACAAAUGACCUCCUGUUGUUACACAGCCAGCCAAUAAAAGCCUACAAGGAUCCAGUGGACUCUCUGCGCCAUCUUGUUUUUCCCCAGGUUCAGGAUUUCCUGACCAGGUUUGAGAGCAUCCCGGACAUGUUGGAGCUCGACUGCCUCACUGUGUCUGGAGAUGUCACCUUCGGAAAGAACAUCUCUCUGAAGGGAACUGUCAUUAUCAUAGCCAAUCAUGGCGACAGGAUCGACAUCCCUGCCGGAGCAAUGCUGGAGAACAAGAUCAUUUCAGGAAACCUGCAGAUCCUCAACCACUGAGGCCUUCUGGGGGAAAACAAAGACAAACAGACGAAGCCAUCUGCACCUUGAAGAGACUCAAAGAGAUUAUUUUUCUUCUCUACACUGAUGAACUAUCUCACUUUGUUUGUUUGUCUGUUUUCGAUGUAAAGCCAACCUGAAAGGGUCAAAGGUCAGCAACUUCCAUGUUCCUCCUGAUGCAGACGUGAUGAAACUUCCUGUUACUGCAAACAGCCACUGCAGAAUCUGAAUCCACUGUGUGUCGUCUGCUUCUGCUGUCAAAUA